CAACUCAUUUUGACGAAGGGUGACAAGGAUGCCGUCGACGACGCGUCGCUCUACCCGGGCAGACGAUCAUUCGUGGGUCGCGAGAACGCUGUGGUGUUAGUGAGGGGAAGUAUACCAUACAUGGGACAGCUAACUGUCGUAGUGAAAGAUUGGCUGUGGAUUCCGUACACUAGACUU